CAAAAUAAUUUAAAGGGAGUAGUUUCAAACACACAUUGUGAGCAUUCACUGGUUGCCGUGGCUGCAGGACAUGCAAAUUGAUGCACCAGGAAGUCGUCACUUCCAUGAUACAUGUGGGAGGGAAAACAAGCCGAGUUCUUGGAAAAAAGAAAUAGAAGGUGUGCCUCAUCAGGUGUGUGCAUCAACAAUGGGGAAACAGGAUCAUGAAGAGUUGCCUACCUGCUCAUAACAGUCAGGUCAGAAGCAGGACUUACAUUACUAAACAAGAGUUAUCCACCUCUGCUGAAGCUUACGGGACUAAUACAACACAGCAUAAAAAGAAUUUCCUGGAACAUCUGAACACUGCAGUCCAAGUCAAAUGCUGCCAGAGUUGCCAUCUUUGUUUGACACAAGCCACACUUUCAGAAUGAUGGCCAUUAUACAUGAAUGGGAGGGCAUGUCUGCCAGUCACACAGACAACACUGGAAAGUAUGUUUCACUUUUAAUUUCCAAAGCAGGCCUGGAAACAGUGAUCUUUUAUUUAUGGUGUCAAAAACGGUACACCAUCUUUAUGAGUGCGUGCAGCCUGUCCAUCAUACUGGCUGACUGGCUGAUGACCAUUUUAAUGGCAGCUGUGUGGUUACUGGGUCCUGUCCACUCAUUUACACCCUGCCUCAUUUUGACUAAUGCCUCAGCAACAUAUGCAGCAUUACCACUGCCCAUGAUAUGCCUGAGUUUAAUGGACUACCUUUUAAGAGACAAAGCUCUUAGCAACGGCAGAGCCUUCUUAAAAACCCUCGGAAAUAUACUCCUGACACUUCUCGUGUGGCUGCUAGCUUUUAUGUGCUCUUUUAGCCAUGCUGAUGCUAAACUGAUGGAUAUGAGUUGCGGCAAAAGGUUGAAGAAAGCUCUGGUGUGUGAAGUGCAGGAGUCAAAACUGGUGAUCAACUUCAUUGCUGGGAUUUUCACUGCAAUCCUUUUAGCACUGCUACCAUUUUGCUCACAUAUUCCCCAGUGGGUAAGAGAUGCUGACAAGUUCUGUGAAGCAGUGGAAGAACAAGAGAAGGUGGGGAACAACUUGCUACUCACUUCAACCCUCUGCCCAGAGACAAAAGGUGAUGAAAAGAGUUACCUGACACAUACAAUCCACCAUCGACCGCCUCUCUGGAUCAGUCUAAUACUGGGCUUUGCCACAUUCUGGAUGCCUUUUCUUGCUGUGUCUCUGGCCUGUUUGGUUUUUGGCCUUGGAGUACCUGCAUACAUCUCUGUUAACCUGUUGUGGCUGGAAUGCACCAACAGUUUACUGCUGGGUGUGCUAUUCUGGGUAAAGAGCAAGACUCUAGGGCCACACACCAAUUUACCAGAAAAUCUGUGCUCAUGGCACAUUUACUGGCAUAUAAGCACAGAAAUGCAACCCGAGCUGAUGGUUCCUGAGCUCAACCCAUCAAAAGAGAAGAGAAAUACUUACAAUGUGUAAGAAAAAACCUGAAAGUAACAGACAUCAUAAGCCUAGAUGGAAAGUCAAACUCAUUGUACAACGUGGGCCACAUACAGCAGACUUUGAUGCUAAGUGCAUCGAAUCCCUAUGCAUGGGACAAGUUUUUCUAUAUGAUAAAGAAAUAUUGCUGUAGUAAAUAAAAGAAAUCUGUCAACACAGCUGGACUUAAAGUGUAAGAAAUGUAUAACAUUACAGAAAGGUUUUGGCAGCUCAUUGGUCAGACUGUCCUGUAAUUAUAAACAGAGUUUAUGUUAAUUCAAAGAAAAUGUCAUUUUUACCCCCGUCUAGGUUUUUGAUAAUGUUUGUAUAUGUAAGCAUCAUUCUGUCUUUAAACACACUGACUGAAAAAGCUUUGAAUAGCAAACUUUGUAGGGGUCUAGAAUGAGGUCCUAUUAACAAUCUAUUCAAAUCUGACUUAUAUCCAUCAAGCUAUUCAAGGUCAGCUUAAUGUUUUAUUGGUCAAAAAUUGCCAAACAGACUUAUAACUUAGAAACUAUGACUGUUAAAGUUGUAAUGUGUAUUGCAAACAUAUACAAACAACAAAAAAGGUUAAAACUAACUCACAUUUGACCUCUGACAUCAUCUUUAAGGUAAAUAGAUUCAUCUGAAGGUCAAAGUGCUAAAGGCCGUUUUAAAAUAUCUUACAGCCACUGUUUGCACUGCCAGCAUAAGCGAUAUAGGUUACCAGAAGUUUAUAUUAUAUUUACUAUACUAUGUUUUAAAGCAAGUACUUUAAGAAUUAAAAAAAAAAAAGAAGAAAAAAAUAAAUAAUAUAUUACACAAAAUACAAUACUAUUCUAAUAAAAGUAAAUACUGCUCAGAGUGUGAGCUGCCUUGGUGACGGUUUCCACGCUGAGUGCUUCUUGGUUUAUUGGGGCUUUUUUUGGUUUUUGUAUUUGGAUUUUUUUUUGUUUCUUUUUUAUUUUAUGUAACCGUAGCCCCUUCGUAAUAGUUGUUGUAAUUGUAAAUUUUUUUUUCUUCUUUAUCUAUUAGUAAAUUGGUGUAGUAUGAAUGGCAAUUCACCCCUGGUCUACACUACAAGAAACGUGAUGUGAUGAGCCACUAAGAAAGUUUCACCUGUGUCAAUGCUGCAGGAAAUGUCUACUCUACUCUAAGUUACACACCUGAUGCUAUGACUGAAUGAUUGAUUCUAAUUUAUUCCUUCUUCUGUUAGAAUCAGGUAACAUCAUAAAAUUUUAUUUUACAAUACCUUCUUUUUCCCUCUUACCACUCCUGCUGCUUGACUGUUUUGUACAAAUCAAAAAGGUACAAAGUUUCUUCUGGAUGUUCAUGAACAUCAUUAAAUAUGAUCAGCAGCUACAAUGGAUGUAAUCUUUUUUCUAUCAUAUGUUAUUUCCAAGUUGGAGAAUAAACUUAA